AGAAUAGUAUCAUGAAUAGACGAUAACCUAUAUAAUAAAAUAUUAAAUAAUAUUGUUAGGCUGUUUGGUUAUUCUCAGAAAUUUUAUUAAUAAUUAGUUGAAAUAUUGAAAUGCCGGCCCCUAGUUCACUUAGCGUAGCCGUUAUUUGCUCCAGUAAUAUGAACAGAAGCAUGGAAGCGCAUGCUUUUCUAAGUAAAAAAGGCUUUAAUGUUAAAUCUUUUGGUACUGGAGAUAAAGUUAAAUUACCAGGAAAUGCUCCAGAUCGUCCUAACAUAUAUGAUUUUGGAACGACAUACGAUGAAAUCUAUAAUGAUUUGUUAAACAAGGACAAGCAAUAUUAUACACAAAAUGGAUUGUUGCACAUGCUGGACAGAAAUCGUCGGAUAAAACCUAAGCCUGAAAGAUUCCAACUGUCAAAAGAAAAAUUUGACAUUUUAAUAACUUGCGAAGAACGUGUAUAUGACCAAGUAAUUGAAUGUAUGGAAUCAAGAACACAAGAAGAUAAUCAACCUGUACAUCUUAUUAAUCUUGAUAUUCAAGAUAAUCACGAAGAAGCUACAGUUGGAUCCUUUCUCAUCUGUGAAUUAGUCACUGUGUUGGCCAAUAGCGAAGACUUAGACAAUGAUAUAGAUGAAUUAUUGCAUGAAUUUGAAUCGAAAUUUGCUAGAACAAUUUUGCACACGGUACUUUUCUACUAAGGUAAUGUUACCUUUGAAGCGUUAUUACACAGGCUCCGACAUAAGUUAUAAAAAACUAUAUAUAAUUUUUAUUAUAUCGUUUCCUGAAUUUACUGAUAUAGAUUUAAGGGUAACAAUGAAGACGAAUGAUAAGUGCUUCCUAUUUAAAUAAUGAUCAUUUUUGGUUAAAUAAAUUUUGUAAAUCUGACACAUUUGUAUCAUAUAUAGAAUUUAUAGAAGAUAUGCGCGCCAGGUUAAAAAAAUUGUAUUGGGAAAUAGGAUGCCAAUGUAUUGGCAAGAUAUUAAUAAAAAUAAAUAUGAAAGUUACAAAAACAAAA